AGAUUUGUUUUCGCUAUCCUUUCAAACUAUUCAUGCAUGCUUUAACCACUUUCUUGUUUUUUAGCUUUCCAAGUCAAUCCUUCUUGCUUCGCUCCACAAACGCAACCGUUAGUCAUUCCAAAUUCUCUUAGCGACGCAACAUUCAUGUGUGUAAGACUGCGCACGUCGGACUGCCGAGUCGUGACAUAUACCAGCUGACCAGCCUAACGCACUUUGUUUCUUACCCCCUUUUUGUUAAAGUAUUCCGUUUAUCGGGUGAGAGCGGGAAAGAAGAAAAAAAGGUAUCUUUACGAGUUUAUACGUAUAUAUUAUUUUUUGCUUGUAUGACGUGCGUGUGACCAAAGGACCUAGCAUGGUGUAGUCAUCCGCAGUCCCUACCGCGUUUUUCUUUGUCUGCUUUCUUUUGCUCAACGGGCUUUAAAAACACCAAAAAAAGCUUCAAGGUGCAGACACACACACACCUGCCUUUUUCUUCUUCUCGUUUUUUCCUUCUUUCCACGACCGUCAACUACCUCCUUCCGUUGAUUCAAGAUGCCGCCGAAAGCACCGAAGGGCGCGCCCAAGGCGGCGGGUAAGAAAGGCCCGCCCAACGCCAUGCUGGCGAAGCUGAAGAUGAAGAUGGAGCUGCAGAAGGCAGAGGAGGACCGUCUUCGCCAGGAGGCCGAGGAAGAGGAGCGCCGCAUCCGCGAAGAGGAGCGGCUGGCGGAGGAGCAGCGCAAGUAUGAGGAAGAGGAGCGCCUGCGGGAGCGGGAGCAAAAGAAGAAGGACGAGCAGCUGGCCCGCAAGGAGGCGAAGAAGAUGGGCAAGAGCGACGCCUUGGAUCGAAUGCGUGCCGCGGGCAUGGUGCUGCCGGAUGUGGAGAAGAUCCGCCACGACGAGGAGAUCCGGAAGGAGACGGAGAAAAACGCGCCGCCGAAGCCGAAGCCGAAGCCGAAGCCGGCGGUGAACGGAACCGCGGCACAUGCGCAACAGCUGCAGCAGUCGGACGAGGAGGAGGAGGAGGAGGACGCAAACGCGGAGCAGUCGGAGCCGUCGGAGUCGGACGCGGAGGUGGACGAGGACGACUGGGAGGCCGUCAUGGAGCGCGAUGAGCGCCGCGAGGUGCGGCACACCAACAACGUCCGCAUCCGCACGAAGCGCACCGAGCGAAAGACGGCCCGCAGGGAGGCAAAGCGCAAGGUGGAAGAGGCGACGCGCGAGGCCGAGGCGGCGCAGAACCACGUGCUGGAAAAGGUGAGCAAUCUGCGUUCACCCAUCUGCUGCGUGCUUGGCCACGUCGAUACCGGGAAGACGAGCCUGCUCGACCGCAUUCGCAUGACGAACGUGCAGGGCGGCGAGGCCGGCGGCAUCACGCAGCAGAUCGGCGCCACCUUCUUCCCGCGUGAGAAGCUCGUCGCGGAUACGGCGGAGUUGAAUAAGAAGUACAACUACAAUCUCGACGUGCCCGGACUGUUGGUGAUCGACACGCCGGGCCACGAGUCGUUUACGAACCUCCGCAGUCGGGGUAGCAGCCUGUGCGACAUUGCCAUCUUGGUCGUCGACAUCAUGCAUGGGCUGGAGCAGCAGACCCGCGAGUCCAUCCGCCUGCUGCGCGAGAAGCGGUGCCCCUUCAUCAUUGCUCUCAACAAGGUCGACCGUCUGUACGACUGGCAGGCGCACGAGAAUAUGGACAUCCAGCAGACACUCGCGCUGCAGAAGCCGCACGUGCGCAACGAGUUCAACACGCGCUGGAGCCAGGUGAAGAACGAGCUCUCCGCGGAGGGGUUGAACUCGGAGCUGUACUACAACAACAAGGAAGUGCGCAAGUUCGUGUCGGUGGUGCCGACCUCGGCCAAGACGGGCGAGGGCGUGUGCGACUUGAUUCUGCUGGAGAUUCACCUCGUCCAGCAAUUCAUGGAGGGCAAGGUGACCUACAAGGAUGAUCUGCAGUGCACGGUGCUUGAGGUGAAGCCGAUCACGGGCUACGGCUUCACGAUCGACGUCAUCCUCAUCAACGGCAACUUACACGAGGGCAACGACAUCUGCCUGUGUGGACAGAACGGCCCCGUCUUCACGCAGAUCCGCUCACUGCUGACGCCGAAGCCGUUGCGGGAGAUGCGCGUGCGUGGUGAGUACGACCACCACAAGUCCAUCAAGGCCGCCAUGGGUGUAAAAAUUGCCGGUAACGAUCUCGAGUACGUCGUGCCGGGAACGCAGCUGCUCGUCGUGAAGCCCGGCGACGACCGCGAGAAGAUCGCCGAGCAGGUGAUGAAGGACGCAACGAACAUACACAAGUUCUUAAACCCGGACGGGGUGGGUGUCAGCGUGCAGAGCAGCACGUUGGGCGCGCUCGAAGCCCUGCUGUCGUUCUUGCAGGAGAUGAAGAUCCCCGUCGCGAGCAUCGCGAUUGGCCCUAUUCACAAGCGGCACAUGGUCCAGGUGCUGUCGAUGAAGAGGCGCGAACCGCGCUAUGCCGUCAUUCUCGCCUUCGACGUUGUCGUGUCGGACGAGGCGCGCGAUAUUGCGAAGAAAAACGACAUCGACAUCUUCGAGGCGAAGAUUAUCUACCACCUCUUCGACAGCUUCACGCGCUACAUCAACGAGUACGAGUCGCGCGAGAAGGAGCGUCUGCGUGCGGUGGCCGUUUUCCCGGUGUACAUGAAGCUGAUCGGCGAUGCAAUUCACGCGACGGACCCGAUUAUUCUACCCGUGAACGUCGAGCGUGGGCAGCUGCGGGUCGGCACCCCGAUCAGCGCGUUGAAGAAGAGCACGGAUGAGGUCAUCCCGAUUGGGAGGGUGAUGUCGAUGGAGCGUGACAACCGGCCGGUGGAGGUGGCGACGCCGGGCAUGGACGUUGCGGUGAAGAUCAACUCCGGUGAGUCGGGUGUGACGGCGGGCCGUCAGUUUUCGCAGGAGGAUACGCUGAUCUCGCACAUCUCCCGCCCCUCUGUGGAUGCGGUGAAGAAGUUUGCCGAUGAGCUGAAGCCGGACGACAUUCAGCUGCUGGCCACGCUGAUCAAGGUGCUGAAGGUGCCUAAAUGA